UCUCUCUCUCUCUCUCUCUCUCUCUCCCAGUUCAUCUCUUCGAAAUUCCAAUCACAUUCGCAAUUCCCUUCUCCUUCGUCUGGUUUGCUUCUUCUCUCGGAGCCCUAAAUCCCAAUCUCUCUCUCUCUCUGCGCUCUUUCUCAUUCCGAGAGACGUCGCAGAGAGAGAUCCAAACUUAACUAGGCCUCUGUUUUUUUCUUUUUCAAACUUUAACUCUUUGCUAACGAGUGAAAGAAAUAAGCAAAAAUGGCGAUUUCCAAGGUUUUGGUCGGAGUUUUUGCCGUCAUCGCUCUUGUCUUGAGCGUUUCUUUCCCUGCCGCGAUGGCUCAGGCCACGGCUCCGGCUCCGGCUCCCACCAGCGACGGAACAUCCAUUGACCAAGGGAUUGCAUACGUGCUGAUGUUGGUGGCGUUGGUGUUGACAUACCUCAUCCACGCAGCGAAUAUUUCCUACAGCUUCUAAUUUGACAUUUGGAAACUCUUUUGGAAUGUAGUGUCAAGAGUGAAGAGCGUAGGAUUGAGAAAGAGGGAGAUUCAAAUUGGGUUGAUGGGUUUGUAUGGUGUCUCCAUUCAAUUUCAAUCUUUGGGUUGCAGAUGAAUUGUUUGUGUUAUUCGGUCAUGAAUCAUGUAUUGAGAGGCUUUUAUGAAUUCAUAACUAGUGUUCUGACUUU